UAAACCGAAAGCCUGCAAAGUGGAAGGGAACCAGACCAAAGCAAAGCAAAAGAAAAUGGGAAGCAAAGCAAAUUUGUUGUGGCUAUUGGGCACGUGCAUGUGUGUUAUUGUAGCGCAUCACGAAGCCGGUGCUGCAGGUCCUAUCGGUGCUGCAGGUCCUGCCGGUGCUGCAAGUCCUAUCGGUGCAGCCAGACCUGUCGGUGCUUCCAGACCUGCCGGUGCUGCUAGACCUGCCGGUGCUGCCGGUGCUGCCAGACCUGCCGGUGCUGCCGGACCUGCUAGUGCUGCCGGUGCUGCCGGACCUGCCGGUGCUGUCGGUGCUGCCCGUCCUGUCGGUGCUGCCGGUGUUGCCGGUGCUGCCGGUCCUGCUGGUGCUACCGGUGCUGCCGGACCAGCCGGUGCUGCUGAUCCUACCGGUGCUGCAGGAGAAUUGCGAGGCAAAGAGCUAAUCAAGAGUGUGUGCAAGACAAGGGGAAACAGUGAACUGUGCUUGAAGGUGCUUAUGUCGGACCCAAGCAGCCCAGAAGCCUCCCUAAAGGACUUGGAAAUAAUAACGCUGAAGGCAGCGGCAGAAAACGCGAGCAACAUAUUAGUAGACGCGAAGAUGAUGAUCGAUGACCCGACCUUGGAACCGGCAAUACAACAGGGACUGUCUGAUUGCAAGGAGAAUCUGUUGGAUGCAGAAAGCCAAAUUCAAGACACUAUUGCUUCCGUUUUGUCCGACGAUAAGAAAGAUGCCCUGACGUGGAUGAAGGCAGCCCUAGCGGCAAUCGACACAUGUGACGAAUCCAUCCCCGGCGACGAUGACAUUCUCUCGAAAAGGAGUGUAAGCUUUCGCCAACUCUGCAACAUUGCCGUCUCCAUCAACAAGAGAAUGAUGGGCGUCAAUGCCUAGAUGCUACUUACCAUCUCUCAAUCCAAUGUUGGUGUCUUUUUGUCUCCACGUUUUGCAAAUCCUAGAUGUUUUUGCUUGACAAGGUGGUUUAGCUUUUAGUUAUUAGGUGGGUGGAUGAGAAAAUUAACUAGCGUUCUCGUGCAUUCAAUAGGAACAUAUGCAGGCACCCACAUAUACUGUGCUAGAAUAUGGCACCCCCUAUUGUCUUAGAACAACAUCCUUUCCAAUCUUUCUCCAUUCCUUGUAAAAAAACCUAUCUUUUAUUUUCA